AUGUGGACAAACGUUUUUCGAAUCGGAGGUCUUCAAAAUGUAUCAUGGUUCCAGUUUCUUCCCAAUGAAGCUGAGUUGAACUCCGUAUCUGAUAAGAGUGUAAAAAUGGAUCAAAAAGAUGCUGCUACACGGCUGGUGCUUUCAUCCCAUUUGCAGCUGCAGAAGGAGGGAUUUCUCAGUACAUGGACUAAUUCUUUUGUUGGACCUUGGGAUCCAUCUCAAGGUUUACAUAAUCCUGAUGAGAAAAUCAAGCUUUGGCUUUUUCUUCCUGGGCGCCAUUCUUCUGUUGCCGAGAGAGCUCAGUCAGCAGUUUUUAAACUAAGAGUUGUUGCAUCUGGAAUCUGGGUAGCCCCUGGGGAUUCUGAAGAGGUUGCUGCUGCUCUUUCUCAGUCUUUAAGGAAUAGCAUAGAAAAGGCACUUUUUGGACUUUCUUACGUGCGAUUUGGAGAUGUGUUUUCAAAGCAUCGUCCAGGCCAAACUGAAGCACUGUACAGGAGAGGACAACCUACUGUGGAAUUCAUCUUUGCGGCCACCGAUGAAGCAAUUUUUGUUCAUGCUAUAAUAACUGCCAAGCACAUUCGCAUGCUUUCAGCAAGUGACAUUGAUAGGAUCUUGAAGCACUCAUCUAAAGAUUCUGGCAAUAAACUUCCAGUUAUCGUUUCUCCUCAUGGAAUGCGUGGCUGGGUAACAGGAUGUUGCCCAAAUGAUCUCGUCAAGCAAGUUUAUGCAAGUUCUGGCAACUCUAGGAUGCUGGAUGGUAUUAUUGGUUCAUUGAAGGAUGUUUCACAAGGGCCUGCAUUCCAGUUGAGGGGGCAGCAUUCGUGCGUGGAAGUUACACUUGGUUGCCCAAGAUCUGAGAGUGGUAAGGCAUUGCAAACAAAGUUAGGUGCAGGUAGCAGUCUACAGAAAAAUCAUGUCAUGGAAUCUCCGGCCACAGCACGAGGUGAUCACAGUGGUUUGCAAGACUACCUCUCAGCAAACGAGAAGAUAUUCAUCUAUCCGGUCGACGCUGUUGCUGUCCCUCUCUUACACACCUCAUUUGCUCGGUCUUCUCUCAGAAGAUUUUGGUUACAAAACUGGACAGGGCCAUCAAUGUCCGGUGCAGCUUUCUUUAUGCAUAGUGGGGGUAAUAUAGACAGCGCAGACAGUUGUUGGCUCGACUCUGGUGGAACACUUACACAUCAUGGCUACAAUAGUAGUAGCAACAGUAACAAUAGCAGCAUCAGCUCACUUAGCAGCAGUUCCAGUGAUAGUGAUUAUAAUAUGGCCGCAGAAGGUGGGGAUCUCGAUGCAGAUGCAGAUUCUUUGUCAUGCAGGCGAUCCGGUUUGUCUUCUAAUGAUCAGCUGGAGAAUGACCGGCAGAAACUGGGUUCUAAGCGCCCUCGGGCAGGAAUGGAGUCAUUUGGUCAAGUAGGUAGCAAGUCUGACUUUGGCUCCCUUGAGGUUAACACAUCAGUUAUUACUGGAGUUGAAAAUGAGCAGAAUGGAUCUCAUUGGGACUGGGAUGACGAGAGAGGCGUGGGCAUGGAUAUCCAAGCUCUUCUCUCUGAGUUUGGUGACUUUGGUGACUUCUUUGAGAAUGAUGCUUUACCUUUUGGAGAGCCCCCUGGAACUGCAGAGUCAGAGGCUCUAAUGUUUUCAGCUCCAGAUAUUGGAGAAGUUGGUAGCAGUCCUGUAGGGUCAAUGGAUGUUGAUCAAAUGCUUUUGCCUGUGGGUCUUCCAUCCUUUGAGAGCUUUAAUCCGACUCCCUCGAUGACCAUGGAUGAGUGUGUGAGCAAAAAUGAAGAUGUUACUCAUGGUGUUAUGACUAUAAGCUCAACAAACUACAGUCCACCCUCUUUUACGGGCGAGUUUGAUCAUUUAAUAAAGGCUGAAGCUCUUAUGACAUUUGCCCCAGAGUAUGGAGCAGUUGAAACGGCAGCCAGCGAGGUAUCUUCUUCAGUGUUUAGAAGUCCAUAUUGCCCCAAGUCUCGUAGAGUAGAGAGCUCAAACUCAAAUUCAAGCAAUUACACAUAUGGUGCAACACCUCCGUUUUCUCCUUCUAUCAAUGGGUCAGAUGAGAAGAAUACCAGGCAUGCUACCCCAAAAGCAGGUACUGAAAGGAGUGAUGCAAAGAAAUAUUACACUCAUGUGGAAGGUGGAAGAGAGCAACAUGAUAAAAAGUCAUCCAAGAUUGAAGGCAACACUGUUGCCGGGGAGCGAUUUGCACAAUCUUCUUUAUCUACUUUUAGUUCUUCAACCACUGCCAAGACCGUGCAGCUGAAGGUGAAUGAAGGUGUGCUAGGAUUAGACAGUUUUCUUCUUUCUAAGAAGACUGUGCUGGCAACUGAAGUUGAAUGCAUCUUGUUCCAAGCUUUGAUGUGUAGGGUACGUCAUACAUUGUCGUCUAAUCCAGUACCUAUAAAUUUGAGUAGGUCAGGUGGAGGAAAUUUGAAUCAGUUACAUGGUGAUGCAAGUGCUAUGACAGACAAUAUCUCUAGCAGGUAUGAAACGAAAAAGAAAGAAACAAUACCAGUCCGAAUAGCUGGUGAUGUUGACCGGGGAGUGUUAGAUAGCCACCUCAACGCACCUGUUGGUGUUUGGCGCACUGUAGGAGGUCCGAAAGUGACAAAACCUACCAGUUCUCCAAGUAUUGAAGUCAGCCCAUCCUUAUCCCAUCAUUCGCUUAGUGAGGAAGGAAUGCUCUCUUAUGGGCAAAGGCAUCCACUACAGGAACUUCUUGAUGGGAUGGUCUUACUUAUUCAACAAGCUACUUCUGCUGUUGACUUGGCUCUAGAUUCUGAUUGUGGUGAUGGUCCUUAUGGCUGGCUUGCAUUACAAGAACAUUGGAGGCGUGGUUUCUGCUGUGGCCCUUCUAUGGUCCAUGCAGGCUGUGGAGGUACCUUGGCUGCUUCGCAUUCCUUGGACAUUGCUGGCACAGAGUUGGUAGAUCCACUAGCUGCAAAUAUUCACGCGUCUUCUGUUAUUAGUCUGCUGCAUACUGAAAUUAAAACAGCCUUAAAAUCUGCAUUUGGGAGUUUGGAUGGACCGUUGUCAGCUGCUGAUUGGUGCAAAGGUCGUAGUCUCUCCAGUGGUGGUUCAAAUAUAUGUGAUGGGUCUGUCAUUGAGUCUACUCCAAGUGAAUCUAGAGAUUCUUCCAGCUCCAUGGGAGAACCAAUGAGCCCAGCUCAGUCAUCCGCUGGUGGAUUAUCCGGUCUUAGAGAUGGAGCAAAGUUGGAUGAGAUAAUGCAGAGGCGACCAAACCAAGAAAAUGAUAGUGAUCCAAGCUCCAGGAUAAGACCAAUGCUUUAUGUUCUUCCCUCGUCUUCCAUACUCGUCGGGUACCAGGAUGACUGGCUUAAAGCUUCAGCAAGCUCAUUACAGCUUUGGGAAAAGGCACCUUUUGAACCAUAUGCUUCUCCAAAACCUAUUACUUAUCAUGUUGUCUGUCCAGACAUUGAUUCCCUUACAUCUGCUGCUGCUGAUUUUUUCCAACAACUUGGAACUGUUUAUGAAGCAUGCAAGCUAGGGACACAUUCAGCUCAGAAUUUGGGAAACCAGAUGGAAAUUGACAGAGGGAAAUGGUUGGCUUCUGGCUUUGUGUUGCUCAACUGCCCUCAGUCGAUGAAGAUUGAAAGCAGCAAUGCAUCUCUUGUGGGGUCGAUAAGUGACUACUUCCUUUCCCUCUCCAAUGGUUGGGACUUGACUAGUUAUCUGAAGUCUCUUUCCAAAGCUAUUAAAUCUUUGAAACUUGGCCCAAGCUUACCAACACACCCAAAAGAAGGAAACAGCAGUCCUUGCUCGGUUAUCUAUGUGGUCUGUCCAUUCCCAGAACCUAUUGCAGUUUUACAAACUGUUGUGGAAUCUUGUGUUGCUCUUGGAUCAGUUGCUCUUCCAUUGGAUAGAGAUAGGAGAUCUAUAUUGCAGAGUCAGAUAGGAAAAGCAUUAAGCUGUUUGAUGGCAGUUGAUGAAGCAUCAGCAUCAAAUGUUCUAGUACUCCCAGGAUUCAGUAUCCCCAAAUUGGUAUUGCAGGUGGUGACAGUUGAUUCAAUCUUUAAGGUCACUGGUUCGGUCCUUAGUGAACUCACCAUACUUAAAGAGACCGCAUUCACCGUCUAUAACAAGGCACGCAGAAUUUCUAAAGGAUCUCCUUAUGAUGUACAGUCAUCAUCGGUAUCUAGCAGGUCUCACUCAGCAAUGACACCACCUGUAGUUUCAAUUCCGUCAAUGUGGAAAGACUGUGUUGGUCCUCGAAUUGGAGGCCCUCCACUUCCUAGAGAGGCUGCUGAUAUUGAUGCCAGCUUGAGACCUGGAGCCUGGGACAACACUUGGCAGACAACAAGGGUUGUUGGAGGAUUGAACUGUGAUACCAACCGAAAUGGGGAUUUUUUCUCACUUCAAGAUGGGACUCGCUACAUGCUUGAACCACUCUUCAUUCUUUCAGAACCCGGUUCUCUGGAACAUGCUGUUUCACCUUCCUUCCAUAACACUGCAACCUCCGACUCUUCAAAAAUGUUAUCUGAUGAUGGUGGUGGGGAUGCUAGUUCGGGCUCUCAAAAUGAUGGAUCUCAGUCAGAUGGGUUUGGGUCUAACUAUCAGAAGGCUCUUCUUCCUAGUCUCCACUGCUGCUAUGGGUGGACUGAGGAUUGGCGUUGGCUAGUAUGCAUAUGGACAGAUGCAAGGGGAGAACUGCUCGACACCCAGAUAUUCCCUUUUGGUGGAAUUAGUAGUCGACAGGAUACAAAAGGUUUGCAAUGCCUUUUUGCGCAAGUUCUGCAACAAGGGUGUCAAUUACUGCAGGCCUGUUCUUCUCCUGAUUUUACUGUGAAGCCUCGAGAUUUUAUCAUUUCUCGAAUUGGAAAUUUCUUUGAGCUCGAGUACUUAGAGUGGCAGAAGGCCAUUUAUUCUGUUGGGGGAGCAGAGGUGAAGAAAUGGCCUGUGCAACUCCGACGUUCAAUGCCUGACGGAAUGCCUGGAAGCAACAAUGGAUCUUCCUUGCAGCAGCAACAGCAGCAGGAUAUGAGCUUGAUUCAAGAGAGAACCUUACCUUCAUCCCCCAGCCCGCUAUAUUCAAAGGCUUCUAGCUUCAUGAAAGGGAAUAGUUUGGGACAAUCUUCAGGGAGAAAGCAGCUUAUGGGCGGAGGGCAUACAUCAUCAGUUGAUAGCUCUAGGGGGAUCCUCCAGUGGGUCCAGAGCAUCACUUUUGUCGCAGUCUCCAUCGAUCAUUCUUUGCAUCUUCUUUGUCAAGCAGAUUCAUCUUCCUCUGGAGGGACAACGCAAGGUGUUAACAGUAGCAGCACACCAGGAUCAGGAUAUGUAGAAGGUUUUACUCCAGUGAAGCCUCCAAGCUCUGCCUCAGCAGCUUACCUCCUAAUUCCAGCACCCAGCAUGCGUUUCCUCCCUUCAACCCCACUCCAGCUUCCCACAUGUCUCACGGCAGAAUCCCCACCAUUAGCUCAUCUCCUCCACAGCAAGGGCUACGCUAUCCCGCUCUCGACCGGCUUCGUCGUCUCGAAAGCCGUGCCUUCCGUGAGGAAAGACAUCAGGAGCAACUCGAGGGACGAGUGGCCUUCAGUCCUCUCAGUGAGCCUCAUCGACUCCUACGGAGGAGAUAGGGCCACCAUGAAGCAAGGAGUGAGGGAUAACGGGGCGGAGUCCAACGUGAUUCUCGGGUCCGUUGCAGCCGAGCUUCAUGCCUUGUCAUGGAUGACGGUCAGCCCUGCAUACUUGGAGAGACGCUCUGCACUUCCGCAACAUUGUGACAUGGUUCUGAGACUCAGGAGACUGCUGCAUUUUGCUGAUAAAGAGCUGUCUUCACAACCAGAUAAGCCGUAG